CAAUGGCAAUAGCAAUGGUGGACAUGUGCAUACAUACAUACAUAAACAACUAAAAAGCUUUAAGAAAGAAAGGAAAAAAAAGAACAAGAUCCACCUUUCUCUUUGGAUUUUCAUCUGCGCUCUUGGAGCAGAUUCAGUUCCCCCCCCCCCAAAAUUUAGGGUUUCGAUUUGUUGUUUUUUUAAUUGUAAUUAAUUGUUAUUGCUACUGUUUAAUUUGUGAAUAAUAUAAGUAAUAAUUAUGAGAGAAAUUGAGGAUUCCUCCAAUUUGUUUGGAAAAUGGGAAGAAGAGCUGCCGUCGCCGGAGGAGCUUAUGCCUCUUUCACAAACCCUAAUUACCCCUCACCUUGCCCUUGCUUUCGACAUCUCGAAUCCAAACCACCGUCAACGGAAACACCCGCCGCCGCCGCCGCCUCCCCCGGCUGAAUUCGCCGGUGAUUCCGGGGACUUGGGAUCCGGAGCGGGCGGUGACGAGCCGGCGCGAACACUCAAACGGCCUCGGCUCGUCUGGACCCCGCAGCUCCACAAGCGAUUCGUUGACGCCGUGGCUCAUUUAGGGAUCAAAAACGCCGUCCCAAAGACCAUAAUGCAGUUGAUGAGUGUUGAUGGGUUGACCAGAGAGAACGUCGCUAGUCAUUUACAGAAAUAUCGCCUCUAUUUGAAGAGAAUGCAAGGGUCCGGCGGUGGUGGUGCAAACGGCGGUGCUGCGUCUGAUCCGGCGACUGACCAUUUGUUUGCCAGUUCACCCGUUCCUCCUCACUUCCUUCAUCCUAGUAAAGGUAGCUCAGAGCCUUUCGCCCCAUUUGUAUCAGUUCCAGGACUACAACACCAUCAUUACCAACAACAGCAACACCAGCUAGCGGCGGCCGCCGCAGUCGGGCAUCCACAUUUGCUAACUCAGUAUCAAAAGCAGAUAGGGCAUUUUGGGUCAUCACCAAAUGGUCAAUUGGAGCAUCCCUUCUUAGCCAAGCAACCACCACCAUCAAUCCGUAGAAUGGGAGGUACACCCUCACACAAUCAAGUACCAAAUAAUUAUGUUGAAGAUUUGGAAUCUGCCAAUGGCAAUGGUGGAAUGAAGGGUCUUUGAUGCAUGGAUAUUUGGGAAAUCAGCUCAUGUUUACUUACAUUUAGGUGUUUGCUUGUCUAAGAGGUUCUUUUCAGCCAUAAAAGGUGAUUUUGAGGCAAAAGUAGCUAAGUUUUGAGCUUGGAAGAGGAAAAUAUACUUAUAAAUUGGGCUGAUCGGGUUGGUUUUGUGUCGGGUUAACUAGGGUUUAAAUUCAAGUCGUUUAUUGGGUCGGAUUUGAAUUGUUUUAAGUCUGGGUUAUCCGGGUUAUUCAGGUUCGGAUUGUUGACCUUUUAUUAUGGCUCAAGUCAUGAUUUAGUCCUAUAUUGCACUCAUUUUUCUCACUCUGGUACCUAAACCUUUUUUUCGUCUCUCUUUGAUACUUGAACUAUCAUUUUAGUUUCACUUUACCCCAAAAUAAAAGUAGCCAAUAAGAAUGUGACCACAACACAUUCUUAAUGGAAACUGGUAAUUUUUGAGGUAAAAUGGGACGAAACUGAUGGUUCAUGUAUCACAACGGGACUAAAAAAAAGCUUAGAUACUAAAGUGGAAAAAAUAGUAUAGUUCAAGGUCGAAUUGUGAAUUAAGCUUUUUAUUAUCAAUAUAUAUUAGGUUAAGUUUGAAUUCGAGUCAGAAUUGACAAGUCCGGAAUAAUGCUCACAGUCCCUAGUUUUAAUAAUUUCUUCUUAGUUCAGUGUAAUGUAGAGGUAAAUUGUACAUUGUGGGACUCCAUAGAAGACUUGUUUUGUUUUCUUAUUUUCUAAUGUUAAUCCCUCCAUGAACAUAAGCUAUAUAUUUUCUGCAAUUUUCCAAAGCAUGUGUAACUUUAGUGGUGUUAUUGAAUGACAUAAAUUCUGCAAUGUAAAGUAGGAUACUGAAAAGAACAUUUAUGUUCAAAGAAUCAUGAUGUAGAAUUUGUUGUUGAAACAUAUGAUAUUCAGUUUCAUUGUCAGUGAUUUGUGGUUCUAAAA